GCCUGUUGUUGGUGGAGCAGGCUGGCCAGACCAGGAGGAGAACCAACAAUGGAGGCAUCCCAGGGAGCUGUCUGUCUCUUUUCAAUCUAGCGGGAGGCUGUUUGGACACACUGAGUACUCACUGGCCUGCCCCUUUUGUCUGCCAGCCCAGGCUGACUCCUCAAGUUGUGCAUAGCUCCAUUCAGCCCAGAGAAGAGCUGGACGGCCGAGUCAGACUGUCCCUGCAGCGCCCCACAGGGCCAUGCUGCAGCUGGGGUCCUCCCCAGGGCGGGGAGGCCAGGGCCAUCAGCCGGCCAUCCUGUCCGUGCUCCUGGCUCUCCUUGGCAUCGCCUGGGCAGAAGUGUGGCCACCUCAGCUGCCAGAGCAGAAGUCAGUGCCGGGAGCCCUGAGCAGAAAGGAGAGUUUUUUGCUCCUGUCCCUGCACAACCGCCUGCGGAGUCGGGUGCAGCCCCCUGCAGCCAACAUGCGGAGAAUGGACUGGAGUGAGAGCCUGGCUCAGCUGGCCCAAGCUAGGGCAGCCCUAUGUGGCAUGCCAGCCCCAGACCUGGCCUCUGCCCCACGGCGCACCCAGCAGAUGGGCUGGAACAUGCAGCUGCUGCCUGAAGGCUCGGUGUCCUUUGUUGAGGUGAUCAACCUCUGGUUUGCAGAGGGGCAGUGGUACAGCCACGAGACAGCCGAGUGUGCCCGUAAUUCCACCUGCACCCACUACACUCAGCUCGUGUGGGCCACCUCAAGCCAGCUGGGCUGCGGGCAGCAUCUGUGCUCUGUGGGCCAGGCAGCGAUGGAGGCCUUUGUCUGUGUCUACUCCCCAGGAGGCAACUGGGAGGUAAACGGGAAGACAAUUGUCCCCUAUAAGAAGGGCGCCUGGUGUUCACUCUGCACAGCCAGUGUCUCAGGCUGCUUCAAGGCCUGGGACCACGCAGGGGGGCUCUGCGAGGUCCCCAGGAAUCCAUGUCGCAUGAGCUGCCGGAAUCAUGGAUAUCUCAACAUUAGCACCUGUCACUGCCACUGUUCACCUGGUUACACAGGCAGAUACUGCCAAGUGCGGUGUAGUGUGCAGUGCAUACAUGGCCACUUCCGGGAAGAGGAGUGUUCCUGUGUCUGUGACGUUGGCUACGGGGGAGCCCAGUGUGCCACCAAGGUGCGCUUUCCUUUCCACACCUGUGACCUGAGGAUCGACGGGGACUGUUUCACCGUGUCUUCAGAGGCAGAUACCUAUUACGGAGCCAAGAUGAAAUGCCAGGGAAAGGGCGGGGUGCUGGCCCAGAUUGAGAGCCAGAAAGUACAGGACAUCCUCGCCUUCUACCUGGACCGCCUAGAGCCUACCAAUGAGGUUACUGACAGUGACUUUGAGACCAGGAACUUCUGGAUUGGGCUCUCAAGCAGUGGGCAACCUUGGCUACCGACCCAGGCCUCACCUACAAGAUGGCAAAGGACUCCUUCCGCUGGACCACUGGGGAGCACCAGUCCUUCACCAGUUUUGCCUUCGGUCAGCCUGACAAUCAGGGGUUUGGCAACUGUGUGGAGCUUCAGGCAUCGUCUGCCUUCAACUGGAAUGACCAGCGAUGCAAAACUCGAAACCGUUACAUCUGUCAGUUUGCUCAGGAGCACAUUUCCCGGUGGGACCCAGGGCCCUGAGCCAAGCCAGGUAGCUCUCCUGCCAGCCCCCGGUGCACCAGCUCUGCUUGCCUGUCUGCUCAUUUGGGCAAGACCAUGACCAGGCUGGGUUGCAUGCCUAACAUCUAGAGAUCUCAGAUCUUGCAGGAAGUUGGUGGAGUGGCAGCGAAGCCAGUGUGGGAAGGAGGAGCCUGACUUGAGAAAAGAAUAGCCUGAAACCCUCAACUUGCUUCUUCGGUUGGGAAAAUGGGCUUCCAUGUACUACAGCAGAAGUCUGCGAUCGGAAGGGCUGAACUCUCUGGAACAGCUGGAGUUUUCCUCACCAGAUGCAUCCAAAAAGCAUUAAACUAAGUUAUAAAUGA